UUACAGCUCUCCUACUCUUGGCACGGCUAUGUCAACCUUAUUCCAGCUUUCACUUUUGUACUUGCAGUUAUAUUCAGGGAGUUUUUGGCUCAGCGUUCCAGGUUGGUGUUCCAGGUUGGACUUUUUAGUCUUGUUCCGCUUCGCAAGGUUAUGGUUAUGGAUUACAAACUUACAUACCCCAGUGGGACUGCCACAACAAUGUUGAUCAAUAGCUUUCACACUAAAAGUGGUGCAGAGAUUGCUGGGAAGCAAGUGCAAUGUCUUGGAAAGUAUCUAAGCAUGAGUUUAAUUUGGAGCUGCUUUAAGUGGUUCUUCAGUGGUAUUGGAGAUUCAUGUGGGUUUGACAACUUUCCUAGCCUUGGAUUGACACUUUUUAAGAACACGUUUUAUUUCGACUCCAAUCCUACUUAUGUCAGAUGUGGUCUUAUUUGCCCUCACAUAGUCAACUGCUCAGUACUUCUUGGGGCUAUCAUAUCAUGGGGUUUCCUUUGGCCUCUCAUAUCCCAACAUGCUGGGCACUGGUAUCCAGCUGACCUUGGUAGCAAUGAUUUCAAAGGUCUUUAUGGAUAUAAGGUCUUCAUAGCUAUUGCCCUUAUUUUGGGGGAUGGUCCAUACAAUUUGAUCAAGAUUAUAGCCAUUACUAUCAAGGAAAUAUGCAAUAAAAGUAGUAAACAGAGCAAUCUUCCUUUGGUUAAAGAAAAGUUGGCAGAUGGUGAGAGUUCUGAAGUAACCCUGGAACAAAAAAAGAGGGAUGAGGUAUUUCUCAAGGAUAGAAUACCUCGAGGUGUGCAUUGAAGUGGCUGAUUAUAUACAGAGUUUGGUGUAAGACUUUUGGCUUCCAUGAUUUUGAGUAAGGCUAGUUUUUGCUUUGAAGCAAAGUUUGGUGUAGAACGUACUUUUGUAGUUGGUUGCUAAUAUGUUUCUAAGCUAGCCUUUGUAGGUUUUGGGUUUUAUUUUGUGAAUUAUGUUGAAUCAUGAAUUUGGAAAGAAAAUUAAUGGAAAGCUCCAAUUUUUGGGUGA